AUGGCACAAGUCGACACCAACCCCGAUCUUCCGCCAGACUAUGCGGUGGAUGCUGGUACAGUCUCAGAGAAUUUGCCGCCAGAUACACUCCGGCUGGCUGGCCGAUUUGUCCAUUCCGCCAACACCCGGAAUGCGGAUGCGCCGGGAAUUUUCGAGAUCAACCACCAAAUAGACUUCUUACGAGAAACCGAUAGACUUGUGGAGUUCAGCCGCAUCGACUACAGUAUCAAGAAAAGGCCUGAUGAGUCGAACCGUCUGCCCGAAAUUGUCUCCAACUCGAGGCACAUCUUCAAUCUGGAGCGCCCUCCUGCCAUUCUCCAGGAGACCUUCCCGUACUACAUCAAACCAACAUCUCGGAGUGGUUUGGGUAGCAUCGGGCUCAAGUUUUUGAAGAUUGGCAAGAGCGAAUGCAAGGCCUGGCUGGUGGGCCGGCGGAAGGCGAGUGACAGGACCGAGUAUUACGAGGCGCGAGAGCUACUGUUCGACGUUCGCCGCAACAACCAAGUUUUCGACUGGCUUGACGGUAAUGGAACAAGAUUGGCAGUUGAGGAGUCCAAGAGCGGCAUGUACAGUCUCAACAUUCUGGUCUCCCUGGACCGGGCGAUGCGUGAUGCUCUGGCGGCCGUGUGGUGUACCAGGCUUUGGUAUUUGCGAGCUGUAUUGUUCCAUAAGAAACGUACCUGGAAAGACAGAAAAUACAUCAUGCAAACCUGCACAUGGGAUCUGCCAAAAUGA